AUGGAUGACAAGAAAAACACAACCUUCGACUGCGACAUUCUGAUAUGUGGCAGCAGCCUACAGAACAGUUUACUGGCAGCCUACUUUUCCAUUAAUAACUACAAAGUGAUAAACAUUGACAAGAAUCCGUUCUAUGGUGACGUGAACUGUUCCUUCAAUUUCAACCAAUUUCAAGAUGAAAAAUUUCAGCUCAAGAAUUUUUACGAGGAAUAUUUUCCCCUCUCGUCCAGCAGAAAUGACAACGACGUAGAAAAAAUAGAAAAUUUAAAACAAAUAGUUAAGAGCUAUUUCCAAAUAAAUAAUAACAAAUUUAAUAUAGACCUUAACCCCAAGAUAUUAUACAACGACAGCAACAUCGAGGAUCUGUUGAUAGCGUUAAAUGCACACACAUACAUUACUUUUGUGGGAGUACAGUACUUUUACAUGACCUACCAUAGGGUUAGCUACAACGCUAUAGUAGAUCGAACAGACCUGCACAAUGUAAACGUUCCAGGAAAUGCUGUCAAGGAAAUGUAUGCAAAUAAAGGGGGGCACAACCCCAGCACAAGUCAUAUGCAGAACCUGAACAAUAGUAAUAGUAAUAAUAAUUGUGAAGACGAUUUAAUUAUGUUAAAAAUUCCCCUAAACAAAACGCAGGUCUUCCUUGACAAAAACCUCAGUCUCAUUGAAAAAAGAAUGAUUAUGAAUUUUAUUCACAAGAAUAUUAUUCACGAUAAGAAUUACACCUUCUCCAAUCUUUCCAAUUACAAUUUUGUAAAGAAGACAAAUGUAGCGGAACAGGGGGGGACGAUGCAUAGUAGCAUUCCCACAAUCACCAAAAAUGAACAGGGUUCUCCAAACAGGAACGAUCUUAGUGGGGAUAAGAAAGAUGGCAAUCAGAAUGGAAACAUCCCAUGCGAAAAAGGGGAAUCAGAAAAGUCUUCCCAGGCGAAUCAUGCUAACCAUGCUAACCAUGCCAACCAUGACAACCGUGCCAACAUUGCCGACUACCUCCAAUCGUACAACAUCGCAGGAAAGUUAGUAGACUACGUCCUGUACGGGAUAGGUCUGUUCGACCUACAAAUGGAGCACUGCAAUAAUAAGGACAUUUCCGAGUACUACCUGACCGGAUAUACCAAGGAGAAGCAUUUUCUUAUAAAUAAAAUGGAGUUUCUGCAACGGUUUCACAUUUUAGUCAACUCGUUAAAUAAAUUCAAACAACAAAACAUGUAUGACAGUGCUUUUAUCUAUCCGUCCUAUGGGCAAAACGACAUUAUCUAUGCCAUAUCGAGAGUGGCUUGUCUAAACAAUUCUAUUUACAUGAUUAAUAGAAAAAUAGACGAUAUAAUUUUUACCCCUCUUUGCGAUUACACAGAGGAAAGUAUAAAGAAUGAUGACAUGGCUUCCUUGUCUGACUCCGUAAAAGUAGACGCAGUCGUCCUAGACAAUGGACAUGUAAUUAGGCCAAAAUUUGUUAUAUCAUCUGGAUCUAAUAUAAAUUUUUCCCAAAUGAAGAAACACCUUCUUUGCAAAAAAAAUAGGAAAAAGGCGAAAACGCGCAUCAAAACAAAUAGGCUCGUUGUCCUAAGUACCUACUCACUUAUUGGAAAAAACGGCAUAUCCUUUUAUAUACACAAACAUCCAAAAUUAGGCCACCCACAAAAAGGGAAGAUAAAUAAUUUAACCAAUUCGGUACAUAUUUUACAGUUAGACUAUAAUAGUGGGACCUGUCCCCCCGGGUUUUUCUUGACGUACUUUACCUACCUAGAAAUUGUGAAGGAGCCAAUCGAACCUACAGACAUUCCAACCAAUUGGAAGGAGGAAAACGCCGACCGCCACAAUCCCGAAAAAAAUAAAGACUCCCCAACUGAUCAGAAACCCCCAAGUUUCUACUUCCUAUUUGAUGUUUUAAAAUUGUUUGUUAAAAAACACAAGGACAGUAGUAUCCCCCCUGCGGACUCGCAGUUACCUGUCAAUAUUCCCUUUAAUGAAAGUUUCCACAGUGAUCUUGUUAACUCUUUCAGCAACCUUGAAGAACAGGACGCAUCUCAGUCGGGGAAGACCGAUAAAAGGGAAUCCCCUAAUGAAGAAAAUGCAAAAAUAGAGGAGCAAACUAGUGAUCAUCCCUUAAUGGAAAAUAGUCCCCAUGGUGAACAAUUGAACCGCCACAACGAGGAACAGGCACCCGGAGACCAAAAGGGGGAAGCCACGAACAACCAAGAGCAAACCAAACGUGAGAACGCCGAAAAAGAGUCCCUCGUAAAAACCUUCAACGAUUUAUUAAUCAAAGAAGGAGUUAUUUAUUGCGCAUACUAUGAAUAUGAACCAACGGUGUACAGGAAGGAUACUGUCAAAAUGAUAAACCAAAAUGUAAAACACUACAGAAAGAUAUUCGAGGGAAUAGAAGAGAAGAUUAAGGAAGAGCAAGCAAAUGUUCAUCAAAACGAAGCGAACGAAUUGGGUAAAGCCAAUUCGAGUGAGAACGACGGUUGCAGUACCAUUGACAGUACAUACAACGCUAGUAAUGGCGAUUCAGCUGGAAACAAAAUUAACCAAGGUGAAGAAAACAAUCAUGAAAACAAGAACAACACGUGCACCCCCUCCCACAGCUGUAAGCGUGUCCAGCUGGACGAAAACAAACAUAUUUGCAAUUUACUUUUUACAAACGAUACGCACAACUACCCGAUAUACCCCUUGGUUGAAGACGUAUCCACAUUCUUUUACAUUAUUAACAAAAUACAUAGAACGUUUAUUUCUUCUGACGGUAGCCAAACCAUAUAUGAUAACUUUGGUGAUAAAAUUAAAACACUGUUUAACGACAACAACACGUCCACUUGA